AUGACCUGCAGCGAAAUAUUUCACAACGGCGAAAACUUUGACAUUUUAGUCGGGGGUAUCUCCGCAGACAGGCCCACCGCAACAUGCUCACCUGAACACACCCUUUUUGAAGCCAGCGAGCUGCUUCAGUCUACAGGGCGAACAGCGGCGGUUAUACUGGAUAGUGAGCAAUCUGUUCUUGGAGUUCUCACUGAGAAUGACAUGCUGUUGGCCUUCAUUGACGGCGUAAGUUCCACGUGUACAGUGAGCCAGUGGCUUCAUGGUGGAGAGGCGCGACUACCGAGUUUCUUGAUUUCACCUUUGACACUACGUCCUGAUGUGCCCUUGGUCGAAGCAGCUUUGAGAAUGGCUACAAUGGUCAAAGGUGGGGCUCCAAGGGGCUGA